GACCACAUCUCACGCCACGUCUCAACCCCGCAGUCGAGCGUCGCAGCCACCUCCGGAACAAACCACACGUCGCACCGAUGUUGGGCGCAAUCCCCCUAUACUUCCUCAUGAAGAAACCGCCGAAAGCCAGUCUGGUCAUUCACGACGAUCACUGCCUCAUGCGCGGCACCGAAUCCCCUCCAACCCGGCACAGACCGACCUUCGGCAACACAUAGAACGAAAUCGGGCUCGUCAAGAAUCAUCCGAACUUGAGACGUUGCGACGAAGAAUUGCCGAACUGGAAAGUCGGCAACGAGCACCCGAAGACCCCCCUCGGCAGGCUUCAACUUCGGCGCAAGUAUAUCUGGAAGCCGACUCCCCUCUCACACCGGAGCUUACGUCGAAACCCGUACCUGGGAAAGUUAAAGUCCCUCAAAUUGGGCUAUAUGAUGGAACUUCAGACCCCGAAUCACACCUCGCCACUUAUCAACGCCUUGUCAACAAAAUGUUUGCUACAAUGAUUGGUCAUACCAUGGAAGUUUAUGCUGACGACAUGCUCGUCAAGUCGGUGCACGCUUCCGACCAUAUAUCACAUCUUCAAGACAUGUUUGAUAUCCUCCGGUCUUAUUCCAUGGUUUUAAAUCCCAAGAAAUGCACCUUCGGAGUUGAGUCUGGGAAAUUUCUGGGCUAUAUGGUCAGCCAACGCGGAAUUGAGGCCAACCUGGCCAAAAUAAAAGCCAUCCAAGAUCUAACUCCCCCGACUUCGAUUAAAGGUGUCCAGGCCCUAACUGGCCGACGUGCUGCGCUCAACCGAUUCAUCUCCAAAUCCAUGGAUCGUUGCAAACCUUUCUUCGAAGCAAUCAAAAAAGGAAAGCACUUCGAAUGGACCAAGGAAUGUCAGAAGGCUCUCAUCAGCAUCAAGGAGACGCUCGCCUCUCCAUCGACGUUACAAAAGCCGAGACCCGAGGAAAUGCGGUUUUUGUACCUCGGCGUCAGUGAUUCUGCGGUUAGCGCUGUUUUGAUACGUGAAAAAGGAACGCUACAAUCACCCGUUUAUUACAUUAGCAAAGCCCUACAGGAUGCCGAACUGCGCUACCCUCCUAUGGAAAAGUUGGCGUUUGCACUUGUAAUUGCCGCCCGGAAAUUGCGACCUUAUUUCCAAGAACAUUCUAUAAUGGUCCGCACUUCGUAUCCGUUGCGACAAAUCCUGCACCGACCUGAAACCUCGGGACGCAUGAUAAAAUGGGCCAUCGAGCUCGGACAAUUCGACAUUCAUUAUCAACCGAGGACCACGAUCAAAGCAAAAGUCUUAUCCGACUUCAUCGCCGAAUUCACUCCGGCUAUAACAAGUCAUGAUGAUAAUCAGCCGUGGGUUCUUUAUAUCGACGGUUCCUCGACAGCCAACCGAGCAAGUGCAGGAAUAGUCCUGGCAAACCCAGAAAAUCGAUUAUUCUGUCAUUCGGGGAAAUUUCUCUUUCAUGCGACAAAUAACGAAGCUGAAUAUGAAGCUUUGUUAUCCGGAUUGAACUUAGUUGAAUCCAUGAACGUCAAACACCUCAAAGUCUUCUCAGACUCCCAACUCCUUGUCAACCAAAUUAACGGUUCAUAUGAAGUCAAAGAACCUCG